GGCAACGUGCUCUGCCAGCUGCGCCGGGCCUCGGCCGGCGCGCCCCCCUCGGCGCUGCCGGUGCUCCUCGACUUCGGCAAUUGCAUCCACCUCGAAGAGGCCAAGCGGCUGGCUUGGUGCAGGCUGAUCCUUGCCCUGUGCGAGGCGAGCGUCACCAGAGCGAUGGAAGCUCUGGAGCAGCUCGGCCUGGAGACGAACCAGAGCAAGGCGCACCCAGAGCGCGACGUAGAGUUCAUGAUGUACUUCUUUCGAAGCACGGGCUCCCGCGAGCAUCAGAAGAAUGGCCAGAAGGAGUUCUGGGACAAGCGCCGCGCGCAGCGUGAGGCCGACAUGGCUGAACUUGGAGCGACCACGAAGGCGGAGAAGAAGAAAGCGAAGGCUCAGGUGCGUCGCUUCCCGAAGAGCCUCCCGGAGGACUACCUGCUCAUCGUGCGAAUGAUCAGCCUCGUGCGCGGAUUGUGCACACAGCUGGACGUCGAGUUGCCGCUGCUCGAGAUCUUCGAGCACCAUGCCCGCCGCGCCCUGCUCUCCCGGUGCCCGCCCGCCGAGCGCGCGCGCUGCCUGCUCCCGCCGGCCGCGCCGCCUGGCAGGGCAUUUCCUGCUGCGGAGCACCACCAGCUGAUCAGCCGCCUCCGCGCGGCGCUCGCGAGAUGCUGCGCCGAGCGCCCAGGGCUGGGUGCGCAGGUCUGCGUGUGUGUCGGCGACGUCUGCGUGCUGGACGAGUGCGGAGGGGUCCUGUCGCCGGUCGACCCGCGGCCGAUGGCGCGCGACACCCCGAUUCCGCUAGCGGAGCUCUCGCGCCUGCCGCUGCUUCUCGCCCUCGAGGCGCAGGUGCGCGCCGGCCGCGCCUCCUACGGCGCCACCCUCGCCGCUCUGCUGGGCGGGGGGCUGGCGCGCGGCGGCGCGGGGCUGGUGGAGCUCCGGCACGCCCUUGCUCAUCGUGCGCUGCAGGCGCCGCCGGGGGCCGGGCGUGCGGCGCUGGCGCUGGUCUCGGCGGCGGACUUGCAGGACCCGGGGGCGACGUGCGCCAAGGUCCUCGGCGCCCUGGCGGCCGCGCCCCUGGGCGAGGACGAGGCGGCGUUCCUGCCGCUGGGCGCGGGGUGCGCGGCCGCGGCCGCGCUGCGGGGCGCGAGCGGCGGAGGGCCCGGCCACUGGGUGCAGCAGCUGCCCGGCCUCGCCGGCUUCGGCCCGAAG